AUGAAGGUAAUGCAGUUCUCCAUCCUCGUCAGCAUGCUCAUGUUGAUAAACAAUGUCAUGUGCAAGUCGAACAUAUCGAAAUGCCUCUUCUAUGAUAAAAGAAAUUACGACCUAAAGCAAACAUUUUAUGUACCAACAAGCGAUGUGGAUAUGUAUAAAGCGACCAUUCAGAAAUUAUUAACAAGAGAAAUUAAUCUACUGGAUGAGUCCAUGACAAGCAAUGAACAACAAAGUAGUGCACAAGGAGGGAACAGCACAAUAUCCAAUUUUGAUGAUAUAAAAAAAAAAGAGGAAAAAAAAAAAAAUAAAGAAAUGGAAGAAAAGUUAAAAUAUAUUGAAAAGUACAGAAAUUACGCAAAAAGUAUAUUAAAAAAUGUCGAAUUUAAAUGUGAAAAUAUUGAUGACUAUGAGUCAAAAGUUAAAUGUAAUUUGUGUGUAUAUACAGAAAUUGUAAACAAUAAACAUAUAAGACAAGGGCAAAUUAUCCAAGUUUUUAUGAACGAAUGUAUGUACGGUUUUUACUACUAUGACAAUAUUAACCAAUAUACUCAGAAUAACAAAGCUCUCAGUAGUUUUGAUGCUGAUGAUGAUAAUGAUAAUUCCAAAGCCAAAUUGGAUGACAUUUAUUUCAGCAUUACAAAGGAUGUCACUGAAGGAAAUACUAGUCAGAUAAAUUUUUUUAAGCAAACAUCCAGCAAAUAUCAUCCCGUAUGUUAUGUCACAGAGUAG